AUGAGCCUUUCGACCUCCGCCACAAUUCCGCCACUGUGCGCGCGCCUUUCCUCUAGACUCCUCGCUCGUCUCGCGCCAACUGCAGAGAUGCCAAAACACUACUGUGACUAUUGUGAUGUUUUUCUGACGCAUGAUUCAGCUUCAGUUCGCAAAGCUCACAACAGCGGCCGAAAUCACCUCGCGAACGUUCGGGAUUAUUAUGCAUCACUCGGACAUGACAAGGCCCAGAGCAUCAUUGACCAAAUCACAGCGGCCUAUGAGUCGAGCGGGGGUCCUCCUCCCGGAGGCUUUGGCUUCGGUCCUCAACAUCUAGCGCCUCCACUCCCUGGUUUCGGUGGCCCACCCCCGCCCAUGGGAUUUGGAGGGCCGCCUUUCGGUGGUCCUCCAGGACUCCCGCCUCGACCGCCAUUCCCUCCUGGGAUGCCCCCUCCCGGUAUGAUGGGUCCACCAGGUGGGCCCCCCUUCCCACCGAACGGAAUGCCUCCCCCUGGUAUGGGACCUCCAGGAAUGCCACCCUUCCCUCCUGGUGGAGGUCCUCCGGGUGGUAAUCGGCCUCCAUUCCCUCCGGGCGGCAAUAUGCCCCCUGCCCCCCCAGGCGGAAGCUUUGGUGGACCGCCAAAUGGUUUCCCUCCCGGACAAGGGCCGCCACCACAAAACGGGGAUCCUGGCUCUGGAGUGCCAGGAGGUAUGCACCCCGACAGGAUGAGAAUGAUGGGAGGAAGGUAA